CCUGGGCAGCCCAGCCCCACUGUGGGCUCAGGGCUGUGAGCACCAUGGCCUGGACUCCUCUGCUCCUCGCGCUCCUCUCUCACUGCACAGGGUCCCUCUCCCAGCCUGUGCUGACUCAGCCGCCCUCCCUCUCUGCAUCUCCUGAAGCCUCAGCCACACUCAUCUGCACCCUGAGCAGUGGCUUCAGUGUUGGUGAUUACUGGAUAAACUGGUUCCAGCAGAAGCCUGGGAGUCCACCACGGUAUCUCCUGAAUUUUAAAUCCGACUCAGAGAAGAAGCAGGGUUCCGGGGUCCCCAACCGCUUCUCUGGAUCCAAAGACGCCUCGGCCAAUGUGGGGUUUCUGCUCAUUUCUGGGCUGGAGCCUGAGGACGAGGCCGACUAUUACUGUGGUACAGACCAUGGCAGCGGGAGCGACUAUCAUUAUGCACAGUGUCUCAGAUGA